UUGAUUUCUCUUUGAAUGUGUCCGAAACAUUCUGUGAACAUCCAACUUAUUUCUCUUUGCAGUGUCCACCUGGUGUCCACUGUAGACUUAACACUGUCGUGGAUCAGCGCAUCUCGUUUCUUACGUAUAAAAAAGUAGCUGAAUGAACGAGUAGCCACAGUGGCUGCUUUGCAGUUUAUAGAUUUAUCUACAGCGCUUUCAUAGUUAAAUUGUUUAAUACUAAGUUAAUAAUUUUUUAAGUGUUUUCUUGGUUAUGAUAGUAGUCAAUUUAUCAUUUGCUUGAUUUUUUACUUUCUCUGAGAGUCAACGGUGAUACAACGUGUCGAGAUGGCGCUUAUACGUCAGCUGUUUUCAAAAGCUGUCUUUUCGACUAUAAUUUCGAAAUCGUUGACAAGAAGUAAUAAACUUGUGAAGCCGGUUUUCCUUUUGAGAAAUACCUCCACGAGUCAGCCUCUUCUCGAAAAAAAAGAGGUGAGAGUAACUUUUGUUAGAGCUAGUGGAGAGAGAAUAGAGGCCAAAGGCAAAGUGGGUGACAGUUUGUUGGAUGUUGUUGUGAAUAAUGAAAUUGAUCUGAGUGGUUUUGGAGCUUGUGAAGGCACGUUGACAUGUAGUACCUGCCAUUUAAUUUUGAAACCAGAAGACUAUGAUAGACUAACAGAAAAACCAACAGAUGAAGAAAUGGAUAUGUUAGAUCUUGCAUAUGAAUUGACUGAUACGUCAAGACUAGGCUGCCAAAUAAUAUUGAAUGAAGAUCUUGACGGUCUAGAAGUUAAAGUACCCGCAACUAUUAAUGAUGCAAGGGCAGAUUAAAAGUACUUUUAUUUUAGAUAGAAUUCAAUUACAGAUAAAUCAAGUUCAAUAUUUUUUUGUAUAGAGUAUGUUGUUGAAUACCAGUGCAUAAACGUGUGCUCUCAUUGUAAAAUUUUGUACAUAAAUGGAACACUUUGCAAAGGCUCGCUGUACUCAUAGCGAAUUAAUUUUUUGUUGUGUACAAUUAUAUAUAAAACAAAUAUUUGUUUGUAUUUAUAUGUAAAUUUUACAAAGAAUGUUUAGAUAUAGAAAUAAGUUUUAUCUAAGUUUUAUUAUAUUUUUAAAUAAUGUGAAAGUUUAUUACUAAAACUAAUAAAAAUAUUUCGAUGAAAAUAAAUCAAUCAUGUUGA